AUGAUUGACAUCACAGAUAGCGAUGACAGCGGCACAGAGCUGCGUCCAUCCGCGCCUGCACGGAACAGUAGCAAGCCAAGCCAUCAGCUCUCGCGCGACUCACCUGUCAAGUCCUACCGACGCAUUCCCAAAGCAAAGCCAAGGCAAAGCUCAGAAGACGACGGGGAACCGCUAAGCCCUCCAGCGUCUGCAAGCACACCCAUCGCACCCACAGCACAGACCAGAGCACGCCCAAGGCCACGUCCAAGGCCUCGGUCGCCCCAGAACAAGAAGAAUCCGACCCUACUCGCGCCUGUUGCGCCUGCCCUCGCCAGGCGUACCAAUCACAAUGAGGAUGACUCGGACGCCACAUCACGAACUGCAUUGAGACUGAGGCUUGCUCCUCGGACCAGUCCAGGUGCGCCUGACGCCCCGACUGACUCUAAUUUCUUCGUCUUGUCAGCUGCAGGCGUCAAGAGGCGCAAGCCGCUCGUCAAGACAUACAGCGUAUCUAGCGAUGGCGAUAGUGGCCUGCCGCAAUCGCAGAACAAGUCAUCAAAAGCCACGCCGAGCAAUCGAAAGCCAAGGCUCGAAAGUGAUUCUUCCGAUAGCCCGCCAGAGCUGCCCGUCCUGAUUUUAACAUCGUCGGACGAAAGCGACAAAGGUGAGCAAAGCAAGGACACCGCACGAUCUACGCCCAUUCUCCUUUCGCCCAAAGCCAAGCCGAAACGGACGAUCGCAAGGCGUGAGAUCACCCCGCCACCGCCCUUGCGCUCGCGAAGCAUUCCGCUGGCUUACCCACAAGCCAAGCCGAUCAGUCCCAGUGUCCCAAAGAUCGACCUGCCAUCGGCCAAAUCACCAUCCCCGACUAUCGUAGAUUCGGACGAUCUUGAAACCGACCCAGAUCUAUUGCGGAUAAGACAACAAGUCAGGGCGCGAUUGAGAGCAAAGGGAGGUGCAAGUGAUGCGAACAAAGAAGCGAGCACGGGCCACAAGAUCGACAUGACGAUCCAGCUCAUUCAUGACGACAGUGCCGGUGCGGACCAAGCGGCAAGCUGGUCUCGUCGAGUUGUGCAGCAAGUCGGUCUGCGCGAGAGCAUGGAGGGUCUCUACAAUAUCGCUGCACUCACUGCACAGGUUCCUGCUUCCGCGGUCACGCUCGUAUAUGAAGGGCGACGCGUCUAUCGAACCGCAACGCCUCAAUCGCUACAUAUAUACGGUGCAGCCACUCUCCAGGCUUACCGUUCUGAGCAUUUUGAGCGAACACAGUCAGACGGAGCCUUCCGUCAAGCGAGCACAAACGCUACGCCAGCUCAGACAAAACCGGAAAUAUCUUCGCAGUCAGACAGCCAGCAAGACGCAGACGAGGAUAAUCAUCUGCGGCUAACCGUCAGGUCCAAAGGUGCUGAAGAAAUCGGGCUUCGACUGAAGAAGACAGACACGGUGAGCGCACUCAUCAGAAGCUAUCUCAAGCGCACCCACCAGGAUGCAAGCAAAGCCGCACAGUGCAGGCUCAUAUUCGAUGGCGAAGCCCUUCCUGCAGCAGAUGAGAUAGGCAGCACAGAGGUCGAAGACGGAGAGAAGUUGGAUCUUGUUAUAGGAUAG